UGUUCUACUCUUGCUUUUACUUAACCAUACACACACCACCACUGUGUCAGCAAAGCAUUUCCUAUACAGUUUCCCUGGAGACUGCAGCCAUUCAUCUAAUCGGCCACUAUCACCCUCAAAUAUUCCCUCUCCGUCGUUGUAUGGGCUUUUCACUUCCACCACCAUGAACCUUCAAACCCUAAUCACCUCCAUCACUAGCCGCCGGGGAUUGUUGCACUUGGCCAGAUCAUUCACUUGUUAUGCGGUUCUGCUCUGUAUCUUUUCAUGCCUUGCUGCAUAUGGAUUAGGCUCUUUGAAUGGGAUACAAAAUCAACCAGAUUAUGAUGCUUGUGCAUCUCCUGGGAAAAGUUACUCUUUUGGCUCCUCAGACACAAUUGUCAGCAACUCUGGUUCAGGCCAUGGGUUUCCAACUACCCAUAACAGUGUUGAAAAUGUGUGUCCAAACAGUCAUUUGUUAUGCUUUCCUUCAAUGUUGUCUGAAUUUUCUCAUAAAGAGAAAAAUAUGAAGGCAGCUUCUGUAGGAGAACCUGGCAGUCAUUACAAAAGUCCAUUUUGUGUACAGUUAGCUCAAGAUAGCAGGCAAGCAAGUAACAAAAGCUGGUCAUCUGAUCAUGGUGUGUUUAGGUUACAUAAUGGAAGGGCUGUGUCUUGUUCCCUAAAAUCCAGAGAAGCAGUGAAUGAGGUACCAUUUCUGCAAACUAAGGUUGGUCAUAAAGAUGAUACUUUACCCUGUGGAGGCUCUUUACUUAAGCAGAAGACAGCACAUUUUGGGUCCAAGAACUCUGAGGUGUCCAAAUCAAAUUCCUAUGAUGGUUCUGUCUUGCCCAAUGUAAGGAUUAGCCCUACUGUGCUGGACUGGGGAGAAAAAUAUCUGUAUUCUUCUUCAGCAGCUUUGUUAACUGUAGAAAAUACAUGCAAUGAGAGCACAUUACACCUCUAUGAACCAUUCAGCACAGACUUACAGUUCUACCCUUGUAACUUCAGCGAGAUUUCUCUUAGACCUGGUGAAUCAGCUUUAAUUUGUUUUGUUUUCUUCCCUAAAUACCUGGGCUUGUCCUCAGCUAGCCUGAUCUUGCAGACAAAUUCUGGUGGAUUCAUAGUAGAGGCUAAAGGAUAUGCUACUGAGUCUCCUUUUGGAAUUCAGUCCUUAUCAGGUGUGGAGAUUUCUCCAGGUGGAAGGUUGAGCAAGAAUUUUUCGUUAUUUAAUCCAUUCGACGAACCCCUUUAUGUGGAGGAAAUAACUGCUUGGAUAUCAAUUUCUUCAGGGGAUACUUCAGUUGAAACUGAAGCAGUUUGUCGGAUGAAUGAUUUUGAGGCUUCUGAUACUCAUCUAUUUCCAACCAUUAAGGACCGAUUGGUUGUGAAAAGUAGCCAAAUUGGUUCACCGGUAGUAGCAAUCAGGCCUCACAGGAACUGGGAUAUUGGUCCACAUAGCUCUGAAAGUCUCAUCAUGGAGAUGGAUGUUACAGUUGGAUUUGAGGGGAAAAUAUUUGGUGCAUUUUGUUUGCAUUUACUGAGGUCCUCACAAGACAUGUCUGAUACUGUUAUGAUUCCUAUUGAAGCUGAAGUCGAUAAUCGUUCUGCCUAUGACACUGGUGGUUUAUUUAUUUCAGCAACUCUUGAGGGUCUAGCCACAUGUGAUAGUGGUGAAAGUGCUAUCACUAUAACUGUAAGAAAUGGUGCCCCUUAUGUUUUAAGUUUUGUUAAAGUCCUACAAGUUGCUGAUGUGGAGCUUUUCCAUAUCAAGUACAAGGAAGGCUUACUACUUUUCCCUGGUACUGCAACUCAAGUUGGCAUUAUUUACUGUAGUCAGAUGCACUUAGAUUUGAGUGACAUCCCACCUGAAGUCUCCAAGUUGCGAGAGAACUGCAAAUUGCUGAUUCUUACAAAUGACUCAACUAAUCCCCUGAUUGAGAUUUCAUGUGAGGACAUAUUACAUAUUUGUUUUGAACAUCAAAGGCUUUCAUCUGUUGGAGCAGAAGGCAAGUCUAAACAUAUCCAAUCUGGCAGGGCAGGGUAUGUGGACAGAGGCAUGCAGUUACCACCGAAGUUGAACAUAAAGGUUUCAGAGACAGCAGGUGUAGAUGAACUUGUUCUUGCAAACUGGAAGUCUCUAGGAACCACUGAUGAUAUGUCUGUGCUUGAAGACCGUGAGGUGCUGCUAUUUCCGAAGAUUCAGGUUGGAAGUUAUGUCUCUCGGGGGAUCACUGUAAAGAAUCCUAGCCAACAUCCAGUUAUGAUGCAGCUUAUGUUGAACUCAGGAGAAAUAAUUAACGAGUGUAGAGGUUUAGAAGAUUUAUUGCACCCUUCUUCAUCUGGUAAUUUGGUUCUGGAUGAAGAUGCUACUCCAACUAAGUAUGGAUUCUCAGUACCAAAGAGUGCACUGACAGAGGCUUAUGUGCACCCUAAUGAUAGUGUAACUUUAGGGCCGAUUAUUUUUUAUCCAUCCAAUCCUUGUGGGUGGAGUGGUUCAGCAUUGAUUAGAAACAAUCUUUCAGGUGUUGAGUGGAUACCUUUAAGGGGAUUUGGAGGGUUGCUUUCUCUAGUUUUCCUUGAAGGGUCUGAGCAAGUGCAGAGUGUAGAUUUUGACCUCAAAAUGCACAAGCCACUCAAUUUUUCUCUUCCGUAUGCCUUACUUCACAUGAAGGAGAUGACAUCUGCCUGCUCACAACCUUUAGUGAAAGAGUUAUAUGCCAAGAACACAGGAGAUUUGCCCUUGGAGGUUAAAAGUAUCAGAGUUUCUGGGAGAGAAUGUGGGUUGGAUGGUUUUAAGAUUCUUAAUUGUUGGGGUUUCGCUCUUGAACCUGGGGAGUCAACUAAACUUCUGAUAUCAUACCAGACUGAUUUUUCUGCUGCUGUUGUGCAUCGAGAUCUUGAACUCUCCUUGCAGACUGGUAUUUUUCUGUUACCCAUGAAGGCGAGUUUCCCACAUGAUAUGCUGUGUAACUGCAAGAAAUCUAUGUUCUGGAUGCGAGUUAAGAAAUACCUGCUUGGAUUCCUUUUCGUUGCAUCCUUUGUGUUUCUGAUGUUUUGGUUCAUAUUUCCUCAAACCCCUGCGUUGGGAUCCUUGGAUUUCACAUGCAAGACUGAUGAUAAAUUGGUCCAGACCACAAUAAAAAGUGCUGAGAAAUCCUCUUUGCUACAAAAGGGACCGCAUAGGCUAUCAAUGUGUAAUAAGAUAAAUCAUCUAAUGGAGGCCUCUUGUGGCAGAUAUUCCUUGUCUCAGGAUUUGAGGCAGAGUUCUGAAAAUCAGAAACAACAGACUGGUAAUUUAUUGGAUGCUCAAAGUGAAAGAGUAUUGUCUUCUUCCACAACAGUUCAAAGCUCUGAUUCAAUGAAACCAUCCCAGUUGGGCAGUCUCGUUGUUAAAAAUGGUAGAGAAAAGGGAAGAAGAAAGAAGAAGAGGAGUCUCGGUGCGAAAUUGGCAGCCUUAUCUGAAGUUUCUAGUAGUCAGAGCGGGAACUCCACACCCUCAUCUCCAUCAUCGCCAAUGGCUUCUGCUACACCUAAAUGUAGCUGGCCUUUGUCUUCCAAUGUGGAGCCACCCCUUGAGACUAUGGUGACUGCUCAGCGUUCUGUCAUCAAACAAGCUUUUAAGACUGAUGCUGAAGCAAAUGUGCUGAAGUCAGCUUCAAAAUGUCCAGCUACUAGCAUACCUGUUCAGAUACCUUGUGCUGCUACUCCUCCCAUUCUUCCCUUUUCCAUGGUUUCAAACUGUCCCAGUACCGCCUCGCAUGCUCGCGCUCCGGGAUCCAAACUCCACAACCAAAAAGCUGCUGAAGCUCAAGAGACAGGACUUGCUGAUGAGUAUACAUAUGAUAUUUGGGGUGAUCAUUUCUCUUUGCUUCACAUUUUAGUUCCCAAAAAUGCUACUCCCAUGAAGUAUAGUUCUGUGGAAAAUGACUUCGACAGCUUUUUUGUAAAGGGUCCACAAACCCUUGUGACAAAAUCUCAAGAAGGCUAAUAAAAAAGUAAUAAGUUGAAAAACUAUUUCA